AUGAGUUCGAGGGCAGGAUAUCCACCUCCGGGAAUGGGCGGCGGCCGAGGCGGUGCCGGCGGCAUUAACCCAAACCCUUUUCAACCUAGAAAUCACACGCAAAACAACAUGACUAGGGGCCCUGCACCGAGUAAUAUGAAUCACCAGACGUUUCAUAAUCCUCAGCAACAGCAGUGGCUACGCCGGACUCAGCUUCCGCCAUCCAAUUCAACUGUCCAUGAGGUUGAAAAGACCGUACAGUCUGAAGCGGUUGAUUCGAGUUCGCAAGAUUGGAAGGAAAGAUUAAAGUUACCACCAACGGACGCCCGUUACAAAACGGAGGAUGUGACUGCUACCAAAGGAAAUGAAUUUGAAGACUACUUUUUGAAACGUGAGCUGCUUAUGGGAAUAUAUGAGAAGGGCUUCGAGAGACCAUCUCCGAUCCAGGAGGAGAGUAUUCCAAUUGCUCUCACUGGAAGUGAUAUUUUAGCUAGAGCCAAAAAUGGAACAGGGAAAACUGCUGCUUUUUGCAUUCCUGCCUUGGAGAAAAUUGAUCAAGAUAACGAUGUUAUUCAAGCUGUCAUUAUUGUCCCAACAAGAGAAUUGGCUCUUCAGACAUCACAAGUAUGUAAAGAACUUGGGAAGCACUUAAAAAUUCAGGUCAUGGUUACUACAGGUGGAACUAGCUUAAAAGAUGACAUAAUGCGUCUUUAUCAACCAGUUCAUUUACUUGUUGGAACUCCUGGAAGAAUCCUUGAUCUUACAAAAAAGGGUGUUUGUGUUUUGAAAGAUUGCUCUAUGCUUGUAAUGGAUGAGGCUGAUAAGCUUUUGUCACCAGAGUUCCAACCUUCUGUUGAGCAGUUAAUUCAUUUUAUGUCUUCAAAACGUCAGAUCUUGAUGUUCUCUGCUACAUUUCCUGUUACGGUGAAAGAUUUCAAAGAUAGGUACCUGCAGAAGCCCUAUAUCAUCAACCUUAUGGAUGAGCUUACCUUAAAGGGCAUAACACAGUAUUAUGCUUUUGUGGAAGAAAGACAGAAAGUUCACUGCCUCAACACACUAUUCUCAAAGCUCCAAAUAAACCAAUCUAUUAUUUUUUGCAAUUCCGUGAAUCGAGUAGAACUUCUUGCUAAGAAAAUCACAGAGCUUGGCUAUUCUUGCUUCUAUAUUCAUGCUAAGAUGCUUCAAAAUCAUCGGAACAGAGUAUUUCAUGACUUCCGCAAUGGUGCCUGCAGGAAUCUCGUUUGCACUGAUCUAUUUACAAGAGGGAUUGAUAUUCAAGCUGUCAACGUCGUUAUCAAUUUUGAUUUUCCCAAGAACUCAGAAACUUAUCUUCACAGGGUUGGUCGAUCUGGAAGGUUUGGACACCUUGGGUUAGCCGUGAACCUGAUUACUUACGAAGACCGCUUCAAUUUGUAUAGGAUUGAACAAGAGCUUGGGACAGAGAUCAAGCAGAUCCCUCCACAGAUAGAUCAGGCUAUCUACUGCCAGAAAAAUGUAGCUUUAGAUUAUGAGAUCAAACAUAGUUAUGUAACUGAGAACAGUGUUAUUCAGACCUCAGCGUGGCUGGCACCAGAGGAGUUGAGGGGCGGCAUCGGGGACAUGGCACCUCCGGCAAUGAGGCGCUGUGCCGCGCUGCGUCUCUUUGCACGGUGUUGCGCCUCUGCUGGCGUUCAAUCCAGUGGUUUCUCUGGGUCAUAG